AUGACUGAAGAUCCGAAGACUGUCAAUUUCGCUGUGGUCUAUACAGACCCGCCGAGUCUGAGAACAGAGGUUGUCGAGAGGCCGGUUCCAGAGCCGGGACCAGGUGAGGUGCUUGUUCGACUAUCGUACUCUGGAGUCUGCCAUUCAGACCUGGGCUUCUGCACCAACUCAUAUGUCCACGUGCCACCAACGCCAGCGGGCCAAGUGGGCGGGCACGAAGGCCUUGGCGAAGUUAUUGCUCAUGGUCCCAGCGUGACAUAUCCAUCUGUUGGCACGAAAGUUGGCAUUAAAUACACCGCCAGAGCAUGCCUAUCCUGUGCCAACUGCCUGCAGGGUGGCGAGUCGACCUGUGAGUCAAAAACGGAGUACAAGAUCUCGGGGUUCCUGCACCCAGGUACAUUCCAGCAGUACGUCGUCUCGCCAGCCAACUACGCCACCCCGAUCCCAGAUUCGAUCACGGACCUUGCAGCCGCCGCGCCGCUCAUGUGUGGCGGGGUGACUGUUUACACUGCUCUGAAACGUGUAGGCGUGAAGCAAGGUGACUGGGUCGUCAUCUCCGGGGCAGGCGGGGGGCUAGGCCAUCUGGCAGUACAGUACGCAAAAGUGAUGGGUGGGCGCGUCCUGGGCAUCGAUGACAGCACAAAGGAGAAGACGGUCAAGGAGCUAGGCGCCGAGGUUUUCCUUGAUUUUACUGCUUUCGAGAACGAUGAGGAUCUCGCAGCGCGGGUGAACGACGUGACGGGCGGUGGCGCGCAGAUUGUGAUGGUGUGUACAUCCAGCCCGAGGUCGUACGCAUCGGGCAUGAUGUGGCUCGGGUUCAGGGGCAAGUUGUGUUGCCUGGGAAUUCCCGAAAAAGAGAUUCAGCCAGCCCUGGGGGUCAGUAUACUGCUGAUGGUGGCGAAGGAGUUGACGAUCAUGUCGAACAAGUCAGGCAACCGACUUGAAGCUUUGGAGACUGUUGAGAUUGCCGCAAGGCACGGCAUAAAGACGCAGUAUCAGCUAAGGAAUAUGGACGAAUUGACCACGAUUUUCGAAGAGAUGCAGGCCGGAAAGAUCACGGGAAGGACGGUCCUGGACCUUAGGUAG